AUGAACCUUAUCAGCCGUGGUCCUUAUCAGCCACCACAAGCCCAGGUCCCCGUAGGUAUGUGCUCCAGGUACCGGCGUGUGUCCAGCUCCACUGCCAUUCCCUCCCCAUCGCUCAUGGGCAAGGUGUGGGACGAGCGGCUGGGCAGGGCAGCAGAGGCCUGGGCGCGGGGGGACCAUGGGCCCCCCCAGCUGAUGAAAUACGUGGGGCAGAACCUCUCCAUCCACUCGGGCAGGUACCGCUCCGUGAUGGACAUGGUGAAAUCGUGGCACCAGGAGAAGCAGCACUACUCCUUCCCUGACCCCCGCGAGUGCAGCCCCCGCUGCCCCUCCAAAUGCAGCGGCUCUGUCUGCAGCCACUACACGCAGGGGAGCACCACGAUGGUGUGGGCAUCCUCCAGCCGCCUGGGCUGUGCCCUCGGCGCCUGCACCAACGUGCGGGUCUGGGGCAGCACGUGGCGGCACGCUGUCCUCCUCGUCUGCAACUACGCCGUCAAGGGCAACUGGCUGGGAGAAGCGGGGGGCCGGCCAGGCCCGGCCUGCCCCCCCACCUACGGCGGGGGCUGCUCCAACAACAUGUGCUUCACCGGACUCAAAUCCAACCAAGUCGGCUGGUUCUAG